UCGUGUUCUUGGUGUUGUUCGUGCCCCCUCCCUCCUUGUUUCAAACAUAAGCCCAGGUGGUUUUGAGUGUAUGCCUGGGAAACGCCUCCCCACUCUUUGCGGCACUGCUCAUUUGAGAAUUCCCCGGGUCGAUGUCGACGAGUAGUUUAGCUCUGCCGCGUGUGGGCUAUGCUGCUCGUUUACAAGCUGUUCAAUUUGCCUGCUUGACCGGGGUGGUUCUCAUGAAUCCCUUCCAGAGCACAGACUUCAUCCGCCGCAAUAAAUACAAUGCCACGCUCCAUCACUUAACCGUCUCGUGAGCCGUUCAUAUCGAUUUCGAUUCUUUACCAUUUCAGAUCUAUCAGGUCUUGUCACUCGUUGUAUCCUUUACUUUUUUUCUAAGCUUCAUAUCUCACAGCUACCAUGAAGGGGGUUCAAUUUCUUUCCUUCGCGACUUUGGUGGCAUACGCCAGCGCGCUUUCUCCUCCAACCCAGAAGCAGUCACCUUUGAGCAUUGAGCUGGCAUCCUCGGGUAACACCGAAGUCAAGGUCUCCGUCACCAACAAUGGAGAUAGCAGACUCAAUUUGUUGAGCAAGGGAACAUUUCUAGACGAGGAGCUUCCUGUGGAGAAGGUGUCUGUAUUCGCAAAGAAAGGCAGUAGUAAAGUUCCUUUCGAGGGUAUCAAAAUUCGGCUAUUGACUUCAGGCUUGGACGACAAGGACUUCUUAUGUUUGGGACCGAAAGAAACGAAGACGAUCACAGUGGAGACUGCCGCUCUUCACACACUCGAUGAAGGCGGUGAUUUCAGUGUCUUCGCCAAAGGCUACCUACCUUACGCCGAAGCAAACUCAACCGAAUUAUGUGGCAGUCUUUCGUAUGAGUCGAACAAGUUGACCAUGUCUGUGAACGGCGAGGUUGCCUCCAAGGUCAGGAAAAGUGUUAACAAGAGGACCGCUGUCCAAAACACCUGCACUGGCACCAAACUCAGUGCUGUUAACACUGCCCUUUCUAACUGCAACAAGCUGGCUUCUGCUGCUGCUGGUGCAGCCAGCGCCGGUACCAAGCUCGAUGCCUACUUCAAGACUACUUCCAGCAGCACCAAGAAUACCGUCUCCUCCCGCCUGAGGGCUGUAGCGGGUGAUUGCGGUGGAGGUUCUAUCACAAAAACCGGCUGCACCGACACCUUCAAUGGCUGCUCUGCCAACGUCUUGGCAUACACCGUUCCUGCAUCGAAUACCAUCGUCUACUGCGAUGUUUUCUUCAAUUCGCUUCCUGCCUUGGCCAACACAUGCCACGGUCAAGAUCAAGCUACCACAGUGCUUCACGAAACAACCCAUGCUCCUGGCGUCUUCAGCCCGGGAACUGAUGAUCUAGGCUAUGGCUUCGCUGCAGCAUCAAAGCUGUCUACCAGCCAGGCAAUCCUCAACGCCGACUCCUAUGCUUUGUACGCGAAUGCUAUCAACCUCAAUUGUUAG